AAUCCAUGGAUACACAUAUAGUAUUUGUUGUAUCGUAUGGGAGUAUCGUACACGAAUUUUAAAUUUGGUAACGUGGAUCGCAUGGGUGUUGUUGUCACUAUUGUAGUGGGGAAACGAAGUCAACCUCAUGUUAACACUACCCUCAGUCAGUCCCUGAAGAAGAAGAAACCCUUCCAUGGAUACUCUUCCUCGGCUCAUUUCUGUUUUCUGUCUCUUGCUCGUUUCAUCGAACACUUUGCGUGCGUUUCAACAAACCGUUUCCAUUGAUACUAUCACUGUUGUUAAUGUCUUUCCUCAUGAUCCUCAAGCUUUCACUCAGGGUCUUCUUUAUGCUGGAAAUGACAGCUUAUUUGAGUCAACUGGUGAUUAUGGGAAGUCCUCUGUCCGUAAAGUAGCUCUUCAUACUGGGAAGGUUGAGAAACUUCAGAAGAUGGAUGAUUCGUUAUUUGGCGAAGGUUUAACUCUCCACGGUGACAGGCUGAUUCAAGUAGCUUGGUUGCAGACAAAUGGCUUCAUCUAUGACCCGAAAAAUUUAAGCGAAAUUGGGACAUUUAAUCAUGACAUGAAAGAUGGUUGGGGUCUCGCAACUGAUGGAAAAGUCUUGUUUGGAAGUGAUGGCAGUUCGUCAUUGUAUAAAAUUGAUCCUCAAACAUUUAAAACUGUAUCAAAACAAGUUGUCUACUAUAAGGGUCAUCAAGUACACUUUCUCAAUGAACUGGAAUAUAUAAAUGGUGAAGUUUGGGCAAAUGUUAUUCCGACGGACUGUAUUGCGAGAAUCUCUCCUAAUGAUGGUCUUGUCGUUGGAUGGAUUCUUCUCCAAAGUUUAUGGAAAGAAUUAAUCGAAGCUGGGAAUACUGAUAUUAAUGUUUUGAAUGGGAUAGCAUGGGAUGCUGAGCAGGAGCGAAUUUUUGUGACCGGAAAACUGUGGCCGGAGUUGUAUGAAAUCAAAGUUACACCCAUAAAGUCAACAAUUGAGGAAGGAAUGGUUGAGAAGCUUUGCUUGCCCAAGCCUUUCAAUUCUGCAUGAUUUAGAAGAAUGGGCAGCCAAAUUGAAACUAUGAAGAUGUAAUGACAUGAUCCUAUUCGAAACAAAGCCUCUGCUACGAUUUUAUAAUAUCAUUUUCCUGCAGCUGGUGAAUUAAUCUUUGUAUUAUAUAGCUAAGGUUGUCAGUAACUGGAAAUUGCAAGACUAAAUACAUUUGAGAUGUCAUGUGUGCUGAACAAGAAUGAAAAUGAAACCCCAAAAUAAUGUAGAGUUUUAAGUCACAUUGCAAAAAAUUUGUCCAGUUUUUUUUGUCA